AUGUUAAGUCAACUGGAUCAGGAAAACGAGUGUAUAGAUGUCGAACGAUCAACAACAUCCAUGAUCACAGUUGGUUCAUCGUCACAACUACAACAUGAUCAAUCAUCAUCGUUUCAUCUCUUCUCCGAACAAGAGAAGGUUGCAUCUUCCUUCCAUUCCAAACAAAAUGUCUCACAAACAGUUCAGCCUUCCUGGGCAGGACAUUUAGAAGUAGUUCCUCAUGCAGUUAACACCACUACAAAUCCUUCUUCAAAACAAACGGUCAAAGAUCAUUUACCAAAGAACCACAAACAACACACCAAUGAACUUUUCAUGAAGCGAAUCAAAAAGUUGAUAUUCCGACGAUGGCCUUCUCGCUGUAUUGCCAUUAUGAAUGUCAUUUUGUUGUUGUUUUUAUUACAGGGAUUAUUUGGAUGGUUAUCAUCAUUCAUACUUCUCUAUACGACUGGAGAAGAUAUGGUCCAACGAUCGAGUGCCAAACGAAAAAUUCAAAUGAGUCUCGUCGUUGAUCAUCAAUUAAGCGAAUUGAUCAAAACCACUUCAUUUGCCGUGAAUCAAGUAUUAUAUCAAUUACCAGAUUUGAAUUUAAACGAUGAUUUGAGUUGGAUCAAAAUCUUUGCCAAUUUACAACAAUUAUACUUGUACAAAUUACCGAUUCAAAUUUCGUAUUUUGCUCGUUUUGAUCAGAGUGUUGUUGGUGCUGAGAAACUCUAUGCUCGUCGAGUGAUGAAAGCACCAUCCAAUUCUACAAGCUUGGUUCGAGAUUUGUACGAAUAUAGAGUGGUUUUUGAUCGUUUGGAUCAAGUGUUGAAUUCUGAAAAUUUACUAAGGCAUGUAAAGACUUCUGUGGAUAUGAAAUCACGACCUUGGUAUUCUCUGUUUGUGAAAAAUUUAACCAAUCCAUCAAAAAUUAUGUGGAGUCCAUUCUUUAAGGCAACCAAUGGAAUUCCUUCGAUUACUGCUUGUAUUCCUAUUUAUAUUACCAAUGAAACAACGAAUCUUGUAGAAAAUUAUACGAAUCAAGUCAUUGCAUGGAAUGUCACGGCACCAAGAAUUCCCGAUCAUUUAUAUGGAGUUAUUGGAAUUCAACUGAAUGUGAAAAAUAUUUCAGACAUUUUGACACAAUCUGCUAUCCGAGCAGGUGUUGCAGCGUCUUUUAUUAUCAAUUCUGAAGGUCACCUUGUGGCUGCAACCAAAUUCCUGAGUGGUAUGAACUCACAACAACACAAUGAUCCAAUUAUUAUCGAACAAUUGGUCAACGAAACUAUUGCGAAAGGGUUUUUACAACAAAUUAGUGAUUGGAGAAAAACUUUUCUCUCAACAAGCGCAUCAACAGUUCAAGGAUUACAAGGAAUUGCUAUUCAACAAGCUGGAAGCUUUGUAUUUCAGAGUACAGACACGAGUUUAGACGUCUUUUUAUUUACCGUCACGGAUCCUUAUGGUCUUAAUUGGGGAUCUGUCAUUGCUGUUCCUCAACGAUUGUUUGUGGAAGAGGUGUUUCAGAGUAGUAUUUCUUCGGUAGUGAUUUUUGCAGGAGUGUUGUGUUUGGGACUUGUGAUUUUGAUUACUGUGGUUCAAUGUAUACAAAUGGCUCUCAGAGGAAUCAAAAGACAAUUGAAAGAGUUAGUGGAUUUCAAAUCGAAAUGGAAAACGGAGGACAAAACGAGGAUAACCAUCAACUCUUCAACCUCUUCGUUUUCGUUCUUGCAUGACAUUCGACAAAUGCAACAAAGUUUAAACAUCAUGAGAUUUGGGUUGGAAAUUUUCUCUAAAUACGUACCAGAGAUUGUAGCUCAACAAUUGUGUGAAGGAAAUGACAAGGUGUUCACCACACGAUACAUGUCUGUCAUGAUUAUGAAUAUUUACGGAUUUUCGUUAUUAGCAGAAACCACGAAUCGUGUGAAUUUCAUUUCACAAAGUUCAGAACUCUUUACAGAAAUUAGUGAAAUUGUUGAACGAAAUAAGGGAGUGAUAGAUAAAUAUUUGGGAGAUCGCAUCGUUGCAGUUUGGAAUGAAGUAAAUAGAGAUCACUCAGUACUCGAGGACAAUCAUGAAAUACGGGCUUCCAAGACGGCCCUGCAAAUUCGUGACCGUUUGCAAAUUCUCAAUUCCAAAUGGAGACGGCUACAUUAUCCAAAGCUCUCUUGUGCUUUUUCUGUGAAUAGUGGAGAAUUCCUUUCUGGAAAUAUUGGAAGUUUAAAUUCUCGAGUGAAUUUCACAGUGAUUGGAGAUUGUUUGAAUGUUGCCUCUGCUUUGGAGAAGUUAAAUUGUAAAUAUAAGACUCAAAUAUUAAUGGGAGAGGCUACUCAUGCAAAAGUCAAAAAUCAGAUGAUUUGCUAUUUUGUAGAUUGUUCCUAUAUCAAGGGAAAGUUCAAUCCAAUCAAACUAUAUAGUUUAGAAACAGGCAUGUCAGAAGCCUCUCAGUGCUUUGAAGAAAUGGAGAAGUGCUUUUUUGCUUUUAACUUUUCUCGAAUUUUAGAGAUUUGUGAACAACUCGAACUGCAACAGUUAGUAACACCUCGAAUUGAGGGAAUUAUUGAGCAUUUCAAGCAACGAUCUCUUAAAAUGCUUACAUCAUUCAGAUCGUCCGAGAAUUGA